AUGACGCCAGACAGUGCCACCUCCCUGCGCGAGUCCAUCUCCGUGCAUCAGACGUCGAGUCUUCACGGCGCCAUGCCACCGAGAUCCACCACCAUCAAUGUCCCGUCGAGGUCUCCCAAAGUACGCGCUCCGUUGUCGUCCUACCACGGGCGAUCCGUGUGCCUACCGUGCCGCUCACACCCAAUCCUCGCUCAUCUCCACACCCACAUCCGCUCCGUGCGUGCCUGGGCGCAGCAGGGCACGGCGGUGUUGGCCGCCUCCAUGGCCACGGGGCUAGCGCACGUAGACGCGCUCCAUGUCGCGCUCGACGACCUCCUCGACCUACCCGAGGCCCAGGCUGCGCUCUCCGGCGCCGGCGACAGCGUCGACCGCCUCCUGGACUCCUUUCUCCACCUCGCCGACGUGCACGGCUGCUUCCAGGAAGCCAUGGUGGUGCUCAAGCAGGACGUCUCCGAGGCGCUGGUGGCCGUGCGCCGUCGCGACGGGGCACGCCUGGCUUCCGUAGUGCGGUCGCAGUGCAGGACCGGGAAGGAAUUCGCGAGCCUUGCCGCCGCGGCCAGCGAGUGCGCCGUCAGGCCGUCCCGCCUGAGUAUCCUCGGCGGCAGCCAAGGCAGCGCGGCGGAGGUCGAGGUGACCGGGCUGCUGUUGGAGUCGGCUGUGGCCACCGUGUCGGCUUCGGCCGCACUGUUCGGGGCCAUGGCGACCAUGUUGGGGUCGGUGGCGGCGGAGUCGUGCUCGUGCAAACGGACAGCGGCGCUGGUGUCCCUGGUAACGAAGAAAAAGAAGAAGGCGUCGGCGCCGGGGUCGGGGUGGGCGGCGGAGCUACCUGUGGCUGCCGUGGCGGAAAGGCUGGAGGAGCUGGAGGAGUUCAUCGAGGAGAUGGAGGCCGGAAGCGAGAAGGUGUUCCCGAGCCUCGUGCAGACUAGGGUCGCGCUCCUCAACAUCCACACGCUCCACAUCUUCUAA